AUGACACGUGCCUGUUGGAGUGUAGGAACUGGAUCUUUGAUCGGUGAAGAUCGUAGUCCGUACAUCCGACAAUUACAAACGUUGAUCGAACGAUUCAAAAAAGGACUGCUAAACAUCGAAAUAAAGCAUACUUUUUACAAGAUCAAGGAUUACAAACAGAAACAACAACGCAUAAAACAGUUAGUAACCAGUCAAACUGGAGAACAACUCAUAAAAAGUUUCGAUCAAACACAAGCACUGUCGUACAACAGACUAAUGCGUGCACACAAACAAACCACCAAUGCAAAGCUUACAAAACUGCUAACAAAGUCAAUCGAGCAACAAUACGUCAUACCAACACUGAAUGAACGGUCAAUACUAAAUGCAACCCCUAUCAACGUACCACACGAUGUCGAGGUCUUGCUCAGUCUAGGACCAAAAUUUGCUUUGCCUACACAAAACAUAAAACCAUGCCAACUGUAUCACCUGUUGGCAGAUAUCGAAUCCAUACUGACCACACACCAAGAUAAACAGGUUCAAGAUAAAAAUCGCUGUGCCAUAGUAAACCAAAUACAAAACUACAUAACUCGCAAUAAUAAAUGCCAGUACAAAACACCACUGCUAAAGUUCUGUGAGAAUGCCACCAAAAGUUUGAAAACGUUCAUACAUGAACACAAAAAUACAUACGUUGUGGAGUCAGACAAGGGCAAACGGAUGGUAAUUAUGCAGGCAGACGAAUAUGACAGAAAAAGGUUACAACUGUUAAACAGCUCCACUUACAUAGUACUAUCCAAGGAUCCAACUGCCGUCUACCAAACCAAAAACAAUUCGUUUGUUACACGACUGUUAAAUCUAAAACUAAUAGACAAAAAAAUGGCUAAACAUCUACAUAGUUCUUCGGCAAUGUGCCCAUCAAUCUAUGGACAACCCAAAGCACAUAAACCAGAUUUACCACUCCGUCCCGUAGUACCCAACACAACGACACCUACGUACAAUUUGUCAAAAAUGAUAGCGAACAUUCUUAAACAAAGCAUACACAGCAAUUACACCAUUACCGACAGCUUCGAAUUCGUUGAGUACAUUAACAAUAUCAUCCUCCCAUCUGAUUACGUAUUGGUAUCUUUCGAUGUUAUAUCGCUUUUUACUAACAUACCUAAGGAUCUAGUAAUACAUGACAUUAUUAUGCAAUGGGACCAAAUAAGCAAACACACCAAUAUCAACCUUGAUUUAUUUCUGGAGAUCGUCGAGUUCUGUAUCAACAGCAGUUACUUCCGUUUUCGCGAUAAAUACUAUCAACAGACCUUCGGCACAGCAAUGGGCAGCCCUUUAUCACCCAUUCUAGCUGAGUUGGUUAUAGAAAAUUUGAUAAACACAGUUAAAAAGGAUCUAACGUUCAACACACCUAUACUCAAAAAGUAUGUGGAUGAUUUCAUACUCGCAUUACCAAAAUCAGAAGUACAAAAUACACUACAAAAGUUCAACAGCUAUAAUCCCCACAUACAGUUCACAUUAGAGGAGGAAAGUGAUAACAAACUACCGUUCUUAGACACCUUGGUAAUCCGUCAAAACAACCAAACCAUAUCAACAAAAUGGUAUUCAAAGCCGAUAUCAUCCGGACGACUACUAAACUACCAUUCGUUCCACCCGAUGCUGAUGAAAAUGAACGUAGCAACAAAUUUUAUUGAACGAGUUACCAAACUUGAUACAACUCAGACAAUGGACCAACAAAAGCACACCAUUUUUCAAUAUCUCCGUCAAAACAACUAUCCCGCAUCACUCAUAAACCGUUUGAUAAAUAAAAUUCGCAAAAAAUCAUCAUCAACCACUACACCAAAAACCAAUAGUCAAAUCAUCAGCUCAUUAAAUGAAAACCUUCCUGCUAACCCCGAUAUACCCACACAACCAACAAUAGCCAGCUGUUCCAGCACUGAUCAACGAAAUACCAUAUAUAGAUCCAUACCACAUAUCAAUCAACUCACAACAGCAAUAUCAACAUAUUUGAAAAAAGACUAUCCGUUCAUCAAACUCGCACCGAAAACCAUCCAUACAACAAAUAAAUAUUUACCACCGAUCAAAGAUCCAGUUCCUACACUCCAACAGGCACGUGUCAUCUACAGCAUUCCGUGCAACACAUGCGACAAAUGUUACAUAGGAAUGACUUCAAAUCAACUAAAAACAGACCUGGACACAUAG